AUGUGUCAACCGACCAGCCCUUUGCAAGAGUACGCGCAGGACAUCUGCCGAGCAGCCAAGCUGGUCGAUGCAUAUUGCCUGACGACGGGCCACCCGAUGCCGUCUUUCGGCCCGGCAGCCCCCAGCAUUACCUUGCCUGCCGACACUCCGCUCCACAUCCGAGAAGCCCGGCAGAAGCUGAUGGCAUCGGCCUUCAGGGUCCAGCAGCUCGUGGCAGAGCCCGUGGAGUUCGUGCCACGCCUUGGCGUUCAUUUUCAGAACUUCGCCUGCAUCCACUGGUUGUGCCACUUCCGUAUCAUCUCCUUCAUCCCGCAACACGAGUCUGUGUCUUAUUCGGCCGUGGCCCAGCUUGCGUCGGUCCCGGUCACGCAGUUAAGACGCAUAGCGCGCAUGGCCAUCCUCCACAACUUCCUGAGCGAGCCGGUCGAGGGCCAGCUCGCACACAGCGCCGCCUCUCUGCUUCUGGUGACAGACCCCAAGCUGGUCGACUGGGUCCUGUUCAUGGCGGACGCAACAACCCUGGCCGCGGCGAAGCUGGCCGAGGCCACCGACAGAUGGGGCGACACCACAUCCAAGACGGAGACGGCCUUUAACAUUGCCAAGAAGACUGACCUUGGGUUUUUCGACUACCUGGCCCAGACGCCCGAGCUGCGGGCCAAGUUCGCCGCCCACAUGAAGAAUAUCACCGUGGCAGACGGGACCAAGAAUGAGCACCUGAUUGCCGGCUUCGACUGGGCCGGCUUGCCGGAGGGCGCCACGGUUGUCGACGUGGGCGGCUCUAACGGGCAUACCGCCGUCGACUUGGUCACAAAGUUCCCGCAUCUUCAGGUCAUCGUGCAAGACCUGCCGGAGACGGUCGCUCGGGCAUGGACUCUGCUGCCCGCCUCGGCCCGCUCCCGUAUCUCCAUACAGGCGCACGACUUCUUCACGCCCCAGCCCGUCCAUGGCGCUGCCGUCUACCUGCUGCGCAUGAUCCUACAUAACUGGCCGGAUGACAAGGCCAUUUCCAUCCUGCAGAACCUCCUGCCCGCUCUCGCCGCCAACCCUGGGCCACAAGGCUCCCGCCUGCUCAUCAUGGACACCGUCCUGCCGCUCCCAGCAGGCUGUAGCAGCGCCGACGCUGCCUUGGUCGAUCCCCUCGAGGAGGCCAUGCUGCGCGCCCGCGACCUGACCAUGCUCGAGAUCUUUAACAGCCAAGAGCGCGAGCUUGGAGCCUGGAAGAGGCUCAUCGAUGAGGCGUGGAGGACUGACCCGGGGAACACGGGUGUCCGGCUGGAGCUGGUCGGCAACAAGAAGCCCCUGGGCAGUAAUAUGAACGUGCUCGAAGUAGCCGUCUUGAUACAAGCCGCGAACGGGCAGUAG